CGAGGGACACUCGUGGAUAUCGUCCUGCGAUCCUGCGAAGCGGAAAAAUUUCGGAUUGGUGACGGUGUGCGCGAAUGAAUGUAUAUCGCGGAUCGUGAUUGUCGCCGCGAUUGUUGCAAGUUGAAAUCCCAACGUCAGUGUCCACGAAUUUUAGAUUCGUUAUUUGAUAUACAUAUAUACAGAUAAUGCGUUUUCGUGAUUGAUCAAGAUUUCGAUCGACGAGAGAGAGAUACACGUGACGUGCGCGGCCCUCGCCAAAGUUCGGCGAAACUUCGCGCGGUGAGCGCCACGUACGGAAACAUAUGGUUUGAUUUGAAACAGCUUUUCGGCAUAUAUUUCGAUACAAUUUCAGUGAAAAUACAGAGGGAAAAAAGGUGUGUGAGCAUGACGUCAUCAAUUAUGAAGACGGUGUGAAACAGUGUUUUAGACGCGCGCGAUAAAAAAAAAAUGCAUCUCGAUAAAUCUGCUUCUCCGAAACUCUGACUUUCGACUCUCGAUCGGAUUUAAGUGUUUCGAAACGAUCGGGAAGUGCUCCUUGCGAUAAGAAGACGGCGGGCAGAAGGCUCGAUCAAAGAAUCGAGAGAAUACGUAGAAACAAGGGUCGCCAAGAUUGCCGACGAUUCCAAUAAAACGAAUUUUCUCCGCGAGUUGGCAAUCGAGACGAGGAAGAAUUUGCAAACGGAUGCCCCAUGCCUCCGCCCCGCAGGCAGGAUAAUGAAAUAAGGAUCAAAGAAACCUAGGGCCCUCCGCGAGGGCCGAGCGAAGCCGCCGAAAAGUCGCGCGCGUGUCUGUCGAUUCCGAAGAAAACAAAUCCAAUUCUCGCCGGAAGAGGAUAUCGGCGUGCAUCCGUAAUGCGUUCCCCGCUACUGGUGAGACCAACUUGUAACUGUUAUCGAGUGGACUGUUAUCGAGUGGACUGUUAUCGAGUACACUGACCGAUCUCGCACGUCGAACAUAACAAUCAAUUCUAACGGCGGAACCUCCGUUUGGCGGAGUUAAAGGGUUGUUAUUUACUUAAUAAAGUAUAUCACAAACACACAGACGUAUCAUCAAAAGGACCAAGCAUCAUAUCGAAAUUGAUCGUAAGGCUCGAUCUUCUUCGUACGGAAACACGUGUACAAGAUACUUUGUCUAGAAUUCGGAAAAGCAAGAUAAACAAUUGAGCAGCCAAAUCCAUUCGGAAAACUCGCAGGGAAAGGUGCGAUCUCGAUCGAAACAGCCAAUGAUAUCGUUCUCAUGACGAAUCCUUCGCGUGAUGCACGACCCGAGGAUCGGCCUCCUGGUCUAGAUUAUCCCGACCCGAGAUCAGUGCGUGGCAGUCAUCAGGCGCAUCAAGCAGUGAGCCAAAUCGGCGGGCCCAGAAUCCGGAGGACCCGGGCCUCGUCCUCGAGGAGAAGAAUGCACCUGGCCAACGAGGUACCUCCUCAAGGUUCAGCCGGCGGAAAUCAUCUCUCCGAUUAUGCACUCACCGCCGAUUUGCUCGCCGAGAGAACAUUAGACGGGCUUCUCGCCGAGCAUCCCGGAGAACUUAUUCGUACAGGUUGCCCGCAUGUGGUCUGCACGGUAUUGCCGUCACACUGGAGGUCGAACAAGACUCUUCCGGUAGCCUUCAAGGUAGUAGCUCUCGGCGAGGUCGGAGAUGGUACCCUCGUGACCGUUCGGGCCGGAAACGACGAGAAUUGUUGCGCGGAACUGCGAAAUUCUACUGCUCUAAUGAAAAACCAGGUCGCCAAAUUCAAUGAUCUAAGGUUCGUCGGUCGAAGUGGUCGAGGAAAAAGCUUCACGCUGACGAUCAUGCUGCAGACGUCGCCGCCGCAAGUGGCCACCCUCUCGAAGGCGAUCAAGGUGACCGUGGACGGUCCGAGGGAGCCGCGAUCGAAGACAAGACACCAGGCCUUUCAUCCCUUUCACUUCGGACCUCGUCCAUUCCCCUUCGGACACCCGCAGGACCCGUUGGGAUUCAAACUGUCGGGAUUGCAACACCUGGGUCUGGAGCAAGGAGCGGGCCAGGGAUGGGGCGGGCUACCCCGAGGAUCUCUACCACCGCACUGUCUUCCACCGCCCCCCGGUCAUCACCCGCAUACACAUCCACAGCCGGUUGGUGCGUCGGCCUUCAACCCCUUCCAUCACGCCAUCGAACAGAGAUCCCCGCGGCUACCUGGACCUAACGCCGAAUCUUCGAGGAACGACCUGGGUCCUAUCAGCGUGUCGGUGAGGGAAGUAACGCCGACAACGUCACCCGGGAACCCCGGUCCGGGCUUGUUGACGACGGCUUCAGUGACGGCACCGACGCCACCCGCCGAGUCGACUACCACCACUACGACGCCCAGCCCGUCCGGACAUCACUCACACUUUCAAGGUCUUCAUCUGCUGGGCGCCACGGGAUCCAUCUUCGGAUCGAUAUUCGCGCCAUUGUUACCGCAGUCCUCCUGGCUUUACAACCCCCUAUAUCACACGCAGCAGUACAUCCUGGAGCCGGAAUGGCACGCUUUGGCUUUGAGAAUGGCACAGCAGCGAUUACAGAGGCCGGAUCAGGCCCGGUUGGAGGAACUCAGGAAACUUCGAAACAGCAGCGACAGUCCCGAGAGCAGCACGAAAGACGAGGAACGGAGAGGGGACGAUCAAGGUGUUUUACGUCGAUCCGGGCUGGAUAGUCCUGACGACAGCAUCGAGGUGGACGAUAAGAACGAUCAGGAUCUGAACAGAGACCGCGUUAGAAGCGACGAGUCUAUACCCGAGCAAGAUUCCCCGAGAAUCUCGCCAAUCAGGAGCGACCUGGAGGACGCCGCAUCGACGGACGCCACCUUCCAAGAAGCGUCGAUUCAUCUACGGCAGAGCAUAGAGAACCUGAACGACUCGGAUCUCCCAAUCGAUCAGGAUCAGAUCGCCCGUCGCGGUGACCUCACUGUAAAAAUCCGUCUAGAGGGUACGGUCGAUCUUAGCACGAAGAAGGGUCAGGAUAAGGAGAACGUCGGUCAGGAUCUGACGACGCGAAGGAAGGAGGACGGGAUAGACGUCGAGAGAGAAGCCAUCAGAUCGCGAAGAGAGAGAAGUCCUAAGCCUAGACAGGUGUGGAGACCUUAUUAAGAAUUGUGAAGCCCAGUACGUUCGCGUUCUGCGGGAAUUCUUCCGCGACGAUUUUAACGAAUUCGACGAUCGAGGCGAGAAAUGGAAUUUCUGAUCGAUUGAAAAGAGGAUUACGCAGAUUGAAUUAAGUAUGAUCUAGGCAAAUUUUAUCGUGUGUUUUUUUCCGAAGAAAACGUUCGUUUCGCUGAGAAAUCGGCGAAUAUAUUGAUUAAUCGCGUCUCGAUAAUGCGAGACUGAACCCCUAAAAGCGGAGCUUGCACGAUGUUGUAGAGUAGUUUAGCAAAGCUAAGCGAUAUAUCAUCAUCGUCAAGUUGUCGAGGGAUAAACGGAAACACGCCCGUUUGUUUGGAUGCUCGAACGUCUCCGCGCAAAUGUAAAUGCGGUAAUCGUCUGCUUGGAAAAUUAAUUAUCAAAAAACUUUCGGACGAACUUUUUUCUCAAAAUUACUUAUCUACUCCCGUAUGCCCGUAUGCGGUAUCGUCUAAGAAACUGUCAUGGACUCGAGGACUAACCAGGGUUUACGUUCGCAUAUAGUAUGUACAUAUAUAUACAAUGACGUCCGAUUAUUAUAUAUAUAUAUAAGUUAAUGUUUCAAGUAAACGUUAAGCACACACUACCCUCUCGUCAUUCCGAUUAAGAAUAAUUAAACUUUCUGAAUGUCUCAUCGACUACACGAAUAUGCUGUUGAAGCGACGCGCAUACGUGUGUAUCUUAAUCCUGAAAAACAAAUUUCUUAAGCCGAGAACGUAUGCUUUUCCGUGAUGGUUUAUUUCACUUCCUCGAAAUAUUGUAUCGUCGAUUUUAGGAAAGAAAAAUACUCGUGUGGCAGAUGACAUUUGGGGGGUUUUCCUGGUACAAGCGAAAUUACGAGCAGUCUACGUUGUAAAUAUCACCAUAUUAAAAGAUUUCAAAUCCUGGCCGAGUCACAAUCCUUUAUCAAACCAUUGCCUCUUUUUUAUGAAACGACGUCAUCUUUUUUUUAGGCGCAGAGAUAAUCGGUAUCCAUAGAAGAAUGUCAUUAUAUAAUUAUAGUUUACAUAAUCCAGAAGGUCGUUUCGACGACGCUGUAUGUAUGCGUGACUACUGGCCUUAAUCAAAAUCAUUGUUUAAGUACGUCAUCAAAUAAAGUAAUAUCAUCCGUUCCAUGA